AUGCGCUUGAUCAACACAAAAACACUUGAGCUCGAAGAGCACUUCAACAACAUCCCUCCGUAUGCGAUUCUGUCGCAUACGUGGGGCGUUGGAGAGGUGACCUUCUCAGACUGGCGGGAGGGCCUAGAAACAGCCCGUAAGAAGGAAGGUUUCCGCAAGAUCGAGCUGGCCUGCCAACAGGCAGCAUGUGACGGAUAUGAUCACGCCUGGGUCGACACGAACUGCAUCGACAAGACAAGCAGCUCCGAGCUUUCCGAGGCGAUCAACUCCAUGUUCGCGUGGUAUCGUGAUGCAGAAGUCUGUUACGUCUUCAUGAAGGAUGUCGUCGUUCCGGGCGAGGACGGCAAUCCCAUGCCCUUGGUGACGCCAGGCGAGACACCACCGCCGCCUCCUGGCGGGCUCAAGAAGUAUCUCGCGGACCCGACGGUGCGCCGUGCCUUCAAGUCGAGUGCCUGGUUCACGCGCGGCUGGACGCUUCAAGAGCUGCUUGCCCCGGCCAAGGUGCUCUUCUUCUCGUACGAGUGGCUGCCCCUGGCUACCAAGGAAACGGAAGGAUCGCUCAUUAGCGACAUCACUGACAUCGACCGCACCUAUAUCAAGCGUCCCGACUAUGUCUCCACCGCGAGUGUUGCACGGCGCAUGUCCUGGAUGGCAAAGCGGCGCACGACGCGUAUUGAGGACACGGCAUAUUGCCUGCUGGGACUCUUUGGCAUUCACAUGGCGCUGCUCUAUGGCGAGGGCCACCGCGCCUUCCUUCGACUCCAAGAGGAAAUCAUCCGCGUGUCCGACGACCAGACCAUCUUUUGCUGGCAAGCCACCAAGAUGGGACUCCUGCCGCCGCCAUCUCUGUCCAAUACAGAGGACAUGGUGCCGGCACCAGCUGGAACGGGGAACGCCACGUCGACAAGCUCGAUCCAGCAAGACACGCAUCGCCAGGCCGAACUAGAGCAAUGGACCAGCAUCUUGGCACCGCACCCAAAGGUCUUCCGCGAUUCGGCUCUGUACUUUGCUGAGUUUGGCAACGCGGGAGGCGGUGGAGGCACUAUGGGCGGCUGGAACAGCGGCGGCAGCAUGUCCGGUAGCGUCGGGAGCCUAGGCACAUCGAGUGGUGCCAAUGCGUCGUCACACGCAUCGGAGAUCGGCCCAUACUCCAUUACAAACUUCGGCCUGAGCAUCUCCCUCCCGCUGCUGUACACUGCAAAAGGUGCAUGUGCCGUUCUGGACGUUGGCUACCGCCGCACAUCCAGCGACCGGGCGUCUCGUGUCGUUAUCCCGCUGCAUCGUGUCCGAAACGGUCACUACAUCCGCCUGUCCACCCAGCUCCUCAUCAUGCAGAUACCGGCAGCACUGACUGCAACACGCACGCAGAUUUUUGUCGACUGCCGCAACGCCCAGUCCCGCGGUAUCUCUCUGCUGCUGGGCCAGCGCAUCACCGCGCGUUCCAUCAAUAUGGUUGGCGGGGCGGGUAGCAAGCACCAACCACAGCCAGUGUUGUUUUUGACUUUCAACCGCCCCGUGGACCUCGAUCGAACGCCGCUGGCCGCGUCGGACAUGGACUUUGUGCCUUUCCACAGCGCCAUUGAGGUCAGCACCCACCGUCCAGGCACACAAAGCGCCGUGAUUCUCUCCGGGAAAGCUACUGCUGCAGGUGGCAACAACGGCUAUGGUAACGGCAAGGCGGGGUCGGCCAUGACAGAGUCGUUCCACCUCCUUGUGGGUGCCCGUGCCAAUCAUGCGUCCUUCAGAGGCACCGCCGGCCCUCUGGUUGACUUUCCCGGCUCAGGUCGCAGCGGCGGCAGCGCAGCUACCAAGAAACAACGUGGCAUCUUGCCACACAGCUCGUCGUCAUCGACUUCCAUGUCUUCAUCAACCCCCGGAACCCCAACGUCUGCAUCCACGGCGACUCCUGGGUUGGGCAUCUCGGACGACCAGAUCAGCAUGGACUGGCACGCCGACAUAUGGGCGCGACCGCCCCCAACGUUGAGCAUAUCCACGAGAGCUUCAGGCGAGUCCGCGGCUCUCCAGCCACUUAUCAGCCGCUUGUCGGCUGACUAUUUUGGAUCGUGGUGCACGUCGCCUGCCCUCUGCAAUGUAUUGUCGUGGCGGUAUUCAGCCAACGGCGCAUUGGUGGUGUAUUUUGAACUGGGCGAGCUGUAUAGCUCCGGUUCCAGUGACGAACCUGAAAGGAGCGACGGGAGUGAGCGUUCUGGCACACCAAAAAUGCAGAACGGCGACGACGACGAACGGCUUCGCUUCAGCCACUUGCGGCGGUCGCCGACAUCGACUUCGUCAAUGCAGCAGCUGUUCGAUAUGAUGACGCCGCCGUUGGCCUCAACGCCACCCAAAAUGACAGUUGCGGCACGGGACGCACCGGUUUCGAUAAUGUGGAAUAGAUAG